AUGGCCCGCUGGUACUCCACAGACUAUUGCACCCUCUGCUGCCGGCACAUCCCCACUUACUCAUGGUACUACCACUCCUACACCUGCCGUCGGAGCACCGUCACCACCACCACCGGCACCAGCAGCAGCAACAACAGCAGGCGGCGCUCACACUCGCGCCACCGCGAGCGAGAGUACGAGUACGAGACCACCGUCCGACGCACGCGAAGCCGAAGCCGGCACAGGUCUACCUCCUACUACUAUUACCUUCCGUGGAGACAUCAUCGCCCGGCUCCCGAGCCCGUCGUGAGGUGCCCUACUCCUGCUCCGUUGCCGGAACCACCUUGCCGGAGAGGGAGCGAGGAUAGGGAUAAGGGGUGGAGGAGGAGGACGGUUGAUAUCUAUAUUGAGCACUGA